AUGGUCGAGGCUGUACACGAGCGAGAGGUUUGGUCUUCAAAGUGUGAUUUUGUUCUGGCUUUGGUGGGGUGGGCAAUAGGCCUAGGUAACUUAUGGCGGUUUUCCUACCUGUGUUUCAAGAAUGGUGGAGGUAUGUAAGCUACACGUGUCCUUUUACGGCUUUUACCAUGCACAGCUAUCGAUAAGUCUGCAAGAGCUAAAUACUCAAGACCAGACACUUAAAUAAACCGAGAAGUGCAAGACUCAAAAAAAGUGACCUGAUAAUCAGACACAGCUGCAGGUUCUUUCUUGCGCCCAUAUUUUGAUUUGGAACACAAACCUUUUUGGUUUUACCGGAUUAACCCCGGAUUUUAAUCGGCAGGUUGCUUUCUCAUUCCCUACUUCAUUUGCCUGGUUGUGGCUGCAGUGCCAGUCAACAUUCUGGAAAUUGGAUUGGGCCAGUUUUUGAGCCAAGGAGGAAUUACAGCAUGGAACAUAUGUCCACUUGUUAAAGGUGAGAUAUGCCCGUUAUAUGUGCCAAAUCGACAAGAUAAUUACUUAACCACUAACUACUAUUAUCUCAACUUUGAAAUAUGAGCGUUGGCAAUGUUGCGUAACCUUCGAUCACUUCCAAAUAUAAGGACCGCUAUAAGGAUUUGUAUUGGAAAAAAAUAACUUGUUUCUGUGACCUACGUAUAUAACAACCGCUAAAUGAGACAAACAGCUUUUUUUAAUAGCAGAGCUCCACGCGCGCGCGAAGCGCGUGCGUGGGGGGAGCCCCAUAGCUAAGGUAAUCUACCCAUCCAAGAAAAUUUGGUAAUCACGUGACCGACCGACCGACCGACCGACCGUCCGUCCGCACCACAGGCAUACCAAUGUUUACUCUCACACUUUCUCGCUUUGGGAGCCCAGGAGGAAGCUGAUUGCACAUCAAUGUUGUUCUCAAUUGACAACUGUCAAAACAGGGUAUCCGCUGACCGGUAUCACCUUUCCGUAUCGCGGGCUCAGGUGUCGACCCAUCAAGGUCGAGUAUUUUUUUGAAGUUAUCCGCUGACAAUUUAUUCGUUUUCAAAUGAUUGCAGGCUCACGUUUACUUUUUUUUUAAAUUCAUAUCAAAUAUGUUGUGUUUAUGUCAGUAUCGCCCCGCACUAUCAAACUUACCUCAGACGCAAAAAUUCAGCCAGUUUUUUUAAAAUACCGGCGGGGAAGACCUUUUCUUACCAUGGUCACGUGUUGGUCACGCUCCACGUCCAAAUUUAUGCAGCAUCUUGAAAGUUGUUUACUUUGACAGCUGAAGCUGACAGAGUUUUGAGUCAACUUGUCAUGUUUUUAACCGUAUUUUUCCACUGGAUGUACAAAAUGAAAUACAGCUGCUAUCAAGAGUGUUCUCUUAUUCAUGGCUGGUUUGUUUAUUGGGUUUUUGGUUGAGAAAUGCGUCGCUUGUCAAAGCCGAUAAUCCGAUUUCGGAUUACGACUACAAUCACAUGAGUCCUUAUUAUCACAUCUGAUGAAUUCUACUGACUAUUUUAUUAACAUCCAGUUAAUUUCAUUUAUAUCAACUUGCUUUGAAUUGAGAGACAAACUUAUCUCCGGAAUAAUUAGUCCUACUGAUGGUUAGAAAUAAACAAUGAAUAAUAAGCUUCAAAUUAUUAUUUUAAAUAUUUAAUUUACAAGGAAUCAAUGAUUAAUUUCAAGUAGCUUUUGCAAUACUGUAAUACUUUGUUAUGGUCAUGCAAAUAAAGCUUAUUGUUGUUGUUGUUAAUAAACAGCUGCGAGGGAGACAACUCCAUCCACAGUCGAAAUUUCCAUGUGAGCCACUCGAUUUUAAUUCAUGGUUCGACCCAAAAUAGAUAAGUCGGUCCUAAUUGAUUCAAACGUUCAUCUUUUCAUGUACGUAAUUAAAGGGAUUAGGUUUGGUACAUGAAAGGUUCGACGUUUGAACUUGGCCUAACUUUACUAACGGACAUUUUUUGUUAGGUAUUGGUUAUGCAAGUAUAGCAGUCCUUGUCUGGAUCUCUAUAUACUACAAUGUGAUUCUUGCCUGGGUCUUGUUUUACCUGUUUGCCUCGUUUCAAUCGACACUUCCUUGGUCCCACUGCAACAACGAAUGGAACACUCCCAACUGUGUGGAUUAUGCUGAGAAGAGUGACAAUGAUGGAACGCUGAAUAACACAUUUGCAAAUGCUACCACUCUUUUUAAUCUAACGGUAGCAAAUGUAGCAAAGCGAGUAUCGGCAAGCCAGGAAUACUGGGAGUAAGUACAAAUAAAUACUCAGUAUACUAUCAUGCCUCAAAUAGACCGUGUACAACUGCCCCCUCCCCUCAGGAGAAAAAUCGGGAAUGGGGCACUGAUUUCAUCAAGGAAUUUUUUCCCGUGGGAAGGGGACGGCCGUACACAGGCUAUACCUGAAAGUUUUCUACGCCGCUGCUACUUAAGCCUGUGUGAGCAGGUAAAGUAAUGGCCUGAGGUCUUACCUGCAAGGCGAUGCUUCAAGUCCUUGCGCCAGCAUCGUAUUGUUUCAUUGAAAGAAACACUGCUCAGCUGAAAGGGUUGAAAAUUAACCAGUAAAUACAAUUUUUUUUUUUUUUUUAUAUUUCUUUAUUGAUUGUUGGUAGUCUCAAAAGUGUAAUUUUCAUCGCUUUGCCGUUUGUUUUCAGGCGUUCAUAAACAUCGCUUGCAGGAGUACUCAAAAUGCCGAGCGUAUCAAACGCUUUUUAAGGUUACACAUCGUUAUAAAACCAUGAAUAAAAAAUAGACUCAAUGAAUUCUUUAUCACGUUGAAGCGUAACUCUUUUAAAAUUUCUUCGCAAAUUUAGCGCUUAUCAAAAGUUAGAACCGGCUGGCCGUAUAGGUGAUUUUGGAAAUUUUUUGAACGGUUUCGCUAAUUAAAAGUCCACGCAUGCUUCGAUGGUCCUGAAUAUUGAGUGAAUGCAAUUUGUUUUGAAAAAUUGUGAAAUACUGCAUUUUGUACGAGGUCUGUAUGAUAAAAACAGCGCCUCAUAGUACUCUUUCUCCUCAGAUGUGGUGUAUCAAAAAAAAAAAUAAAACAUUGGUUUGCACGCACCCAGAUUUAUUGGCAAGAAUUUGUAAACUUGUCGAUCGCAAAAAAUUCGGCCUGAUUUGUUUUCCACGCCUUAUCUACUGUGAUCAAGAGCCAUUAUUGCUCUUAAAUUUGACCGUACAACUUUUUGGGUGUGCAUAUAAGGCUAUUUGUUUCCCUCCAAAAUCACUUAACUUUUCAAUGGGAGCUUCGCUUUUAGCCGUGGCUAAAUCUAUAUAUUGCUUAAGUUAUCUGGGCCAGGUUGUUCAAACGCUGGAUUGCGCUAUCCACCGGAUAAAUCACUACACAGUGGAUAAUUAUAAGAUUAGUGAUAAGUAUUAGGACUAACCAACUGCGUUAUCUACUAGAUAGAGUUUUAUCCAGUGGAUACCGUUAUCCACCUUUUGAACAACUGGGACCUGUAUUUUCUUUAGGUGGUCCUCGAGCCUAUUGAUGCCCAUUUCCUGGGUUUUAGUGGAACCGUUUUGGUCUUUCUCUCCAAGCAUAUAUCCUUUUAAAAAAAACAUCAUAUUGGUUCCUGAAUAAAACCCGCCAGAAAAUGGGCAUUAAUCGGCUUGGAGACCACACAAUCCACUUGACCAAACUGAUUUGAUAAAACAAAAUGAAUACCUGUCUUUCAUCACCGUCGGUCUCAACAGUGUGUCUGAAUAGGUCCCUAAAGCCCAGUUCAAAGGUCGAACUUUUCAUGUACCAAACUUAAUACCUAUUUAGAUGGACCCAAAUGACACAAGUUCCACGGCUGAUUCAGACGUGCAACUCUCAUAGUCGGAACUCAGUUCAUUCUUAAGAUGUGCAGUCUGUACAGUGGUCAAUAAUGCUUACCAGUGAAAAUUAAUUAUAGUAUUUUUUGCAUUAGGUUUGUCAUCUGAGAAGUUCGGCGUUUUCCCGGGGGAGUACUCCCAUACAAUACCUAUAUGGGUAUGUGCCGCACAACGGGGUCGUGAUUUUGAAGCUCCUGAUUUAGAACGGGGUUUCCAUUUUAGAGGCGUUUUCUAGAACGGGGUAUAAUAUUUCGAACGCACGAAAGCUCCAGUUUUGUAAGCAGCCAUUUGAAAUUAUUCAAGGACAAAUUGCUUUUAAAAAUACGGUUCAAUGCGUUAACAAGCAAACUGUUGUAAUCUUGUUGCACCCUACAACGGAGUAUAAGAAAUUGGCCCAUUUCUAGAACGGGGUAUCAGUUUUAGGGCGAAUUCUAGAACGGGGUAUAAAAAAUUGGCCCAUUUCUAGAACGGGGUAUCAAUUUUAGGGGAAUUUUUUUUCUUCAGAACGGGGUGCCAAUUUCGAGUCCCUGGCGGCACAUACCCACCCAAAAAAUACCCGAGUGCCCCCCCCGGGGGCCUCUGGAACGAAGUCGCUCCAUCAAUAGUCCUCCUAGUAGCCACGUGCGUUGCGUGACACCCAAUAACCCUUCUAGGAAAACAUUAGUGAAACUGAGAAUAAGCAGUCACAAACUUAGGAUUAAGACAGGCAGAUACGACAAUAUACCACGUGACGAAAGGUUAUGCAAUCUCUGCAAUUGUAACAGAAUUGAAGAUGAAACUCACUUUUUAUUAGAUUAUCCAAGUUUUUCUUCCAUAAGAGAUAUGUUCUUCUCUAAACUAGAUCCUAAAAUACCGUUUCUACGACUACAAUCACAUGAGUCCUUAUUAUCACAUCUGAUGAAUUCUACUGACUAUUUUAUUAACAUCCAGUUAAUUUCAUUUAUAUCAACUUGCUUUGAAUUGAGAGACAAACUUAUCUCCGGAAUAAUUAGUCCUACUGAUGUUUAGAAAUAAACAAUGAAUAAUAAGCUUCAAAUUAUUAUUUUAAAUAUUUAAUUUACAAGGAAUCAAUGAUUAAUUUCAAGUAGCUUUUGCAAUACUGUAAUACUUUGUUAUGGUCAUGCAAAUAAAGCUUAUUGUUGUUGUUGUUAAUAAACAGCUGCGAGGGAGACAACUCCAUCCACAGUCGAAAUUUCCA